AUGGCUGACAACGGCGGAAUGAACCAUCGUGCCCAUGCUGACCUCCUGCGCCAGGCCAUGCUCCAGAAUUCUUCACGUCGCGACGAUGACGGCCAAGAUCUCAUUGGCUCAAUAAGCACCACCCCGUCAGGCAUCGCCACGCCCCAGCCUGAUCUGUCUGAUAAGCGUUUUCCGGGUAUCACGCACAGCUUCUUUGCACAGGUUCGUGCUACUUCCGAUUCAGCUGCAGAUCUUGAGAACCAGCCAACUUCUUCUACAAUUUCUGAAAGACAUGGGUCUCAGUCACUUCCUCAAUCUGUGCCGGAGGAGGACAAACAAGACUCUGUUUCCUCUUUGUCGGGCUCUGCCGUCAUGCUAGACCAUGGCCACGGCCCGGCACGGAGCGCAAGUCCUGUUGCUGAGCCAAGAUGCGAUUCUUUUGAGGAGUUGAGACAUGCAGACUUUAAUCCUUUGCCUACACCCCCCCAUUCAAGUUCAUCCUUUUGCUCUGUCAUGCAGAAAGAUGGGGAAGAAGCAGAAAAUGGCAAGCCUGAUGGCGGGGUGGUCUCCAUAUACCAGACCCUGAAGAAUUUGAUCCUGCCGAAAACAAGUGUGAAAAAUAGGCGACAUACUUCCCAUCCUGUUUCCAGCAUCACUCAUGAUUCCGUCCAUGCUUCUCACUUUUCCAACCCAUGUCUUCCUGAUCCUUCAACUUCUUUGAAAUCUCCUAAUGAUUCUCAAAAUACGUUCAAAUCUUCUGAAGAACUGAUAAAGCUGACUGACACCUCGGCUGCGAUUUCGCGUUUAAAGAACACGCCACCACUUACCCCGCGAGCGAUGUCGAACGAGCUCCAUCCCGCCGAUAAGAAGGCCUACUCCACCGCCGGCUCGCCCUCUCGUAGCCACCCCGACCCGCGUAUGCGAAACCAUGGCGUCGCGACACCGGCCAGCUCGUCGUCGUCAGGAGGAGCCAUGCCCGAAACCCAAGGUCCGCCCGUCGCCCCGUUGAAAGGGAAACUGAACGUCAAGAUCUCAGACGGCAGAGGUUUACGUCCCAGUUAUGACCCGUACGUUGUUUGUGUUUUUGAAUGGAAUGAAUACAUCUCCAAGGGCGCGCAUGUCGAAGAAUCACAUCACUCCGAGAGCAGACAUAGGAACCACUUCGAUACUCUAGGGCCCGUGCCUAUACAGCGUUCGAACAGCGAUUCUGGACGCGCAAUGGCUAUCCCGAUGAAGAGUCGACAGAGCAGCCAGAAUAGUAUCAUGGAUAGUUUCAAUUAUAGAGCGUCAACCCAGGUCACCGAUCCUCAUUGGAACCACGAGGCCGUUUUUGAUGUUCUUGGUGAUGAUUCCGAAAUCGAUGUCUCUGUCUACGAUCGUUCUAACCAGGAGCAUUUCCUGGGUCAUGUUCGCCUACGACUAAAUUUGAGAGAAGACAAGAAAGCUGUUGUUGGCUGGUUCCCUCUUGAAGCCCGCGCCCCUGGCGAUGGUCAUGUCUCCGGCGAAAUCCACCUCCAGAUGUUUUUCCAGAAGACGGACAAGAAACACUUUGGCCCCAACGACUUCCAGAUCCUGAAGCUCAUCGGCAAAGGCACCUUUGGGCAGGUGUAUCAGGUUCGAAAGAAAGAUACCCAGCGGAUAUACGCGAUGAAAGUUCUUUCGAAGAAGGUCAUCAUCCAGAAGAAAGAGGUUGCGCACACUCUUGGCGAGCGGAACAUCCUUGUCCGUACUGCGACGACUGACUCUCCGUUUAUCGUUGGCCUGAAAUUUUCGUUCCAGACGCCGUCGGAUCUAUACCUGGUUACAGAUUACAUGUCGGGUGGCGAGCUGUUCUGGCACCUGCAGAAGGAGGGCCGGUUCCAGGAAUACCGGGCUAAGUUUUACAUUGCGGAGUUGAUCCUAGCGCUCCAGCACCUCCAUCAGCACGACAUCGUGUACCGCGAUCUGAAGCCGGAGAACAUCUUGCUGGAUGCUAACGGGCACAUUGCGCUCUGCGACUUCGGCCUGUCCAAGGCGAAUUUGACGAAAAACGACACCACCAACACGUUUUGUGGGACCACGGAAUACCUGGCGCCCGAGGUGCUGAUGGACGAGCAGGGGUACACGAAGAUGGUCGACUUCUGGUCUCUGGGCGUUUUAGUGUUCGAGAUGUGCUGCGGGUGGAGCCCGUUCUACGCGGAUGAUACGCAGCAGAUGUACAAGAACAUUGCGUUCGGCAAAGUUCGUUUUCCGCGCGACGCCCUCAGCGCGGAAGGCCGGAACUUCGUCAAGGGCCUGCUUAACCGAAACCCGAAGCACCGCCUUGGCGCCCGGGACGACGCGCGCGAGCUGAUGGCGCAUCCGUUCUUCCACGACGUCGACUGGCACGCCAUGUGCCAGAAGAACGUCAUCCCGCCGUUCAAGCCCAAGCUCAAGUCCGUGUCCGACACAUCGUAUUUCGACCCCGAGUUCACCACCGCGCUGGACCACUCGGCGUCGCUGAACGCCCGUGCUGCUGCUCUGGCCGCUGGCGCCGCCACCGAGUCCACGCCGCUGUCGCCCGCCACCCAGGCCAACUUCAAGGGCUUCACCUUCGUCAACGAGAGCACCAUGGAGCAGCACCUGGGCGACCGCCACGUGGACUACAUGGACGAGGAUUUCCGCGAGGACGACUCGUGGGUCAACCGCGCGCGCCCGGGCGAUCUGGACUACGAGCACCGCAUGAACGCCGCAUCGAAGGCCAGCCACGAUGAGGGCGGGAUUUUUAAUGACGACUACCACUUUGAGAUGUGA